AUGGCUAUCGAGAACGAUGGUAACGCAAGCAAAGUUUAUAUAAAGCGGUCCCCCUUUCGCUGCCAACCCCUUUCCCGUCGCAAGGAGCAAACUGCCAAUAUGUUUUCCCCCAUUGUCCCCCUUUUCUUCCUCCUACUUCCUCUAGCCUCAUGCAUGCCGCAGUUUCUCGCGCGCAUUCCCAACGGCGGCGCAAGUGUGAUCCCUAACUCCGGCCUAACCUGCCUCGCCCUCGGUCACGAGCAAUGCAUUCCCGGUGCGCCUCGCAACUCUUUUGGACUCGAUUUCAAGGCUGCAGAAUUCCGCUGGACCCUCGCCUUGUGCCAAAAGGACUCUGACGGGGAUGGACUCACCAAUGGCGAGGAGCUGGGAGAUCCCUGCUGCGAGUGGACAGAGGUCAACAAAAUUCCCUUGCGAACGAUAUUCCUCAGCCAUCCUGGGGAUAAAGACGAGAACGGCGCGAAGGACGGUCCGAAAUGCCGUAGUAUGUCUGGCCAAGGUCCAGAGACUACGCCGCCAACCACGACUACGCCGGUUACAAGUGGACCUCGAUUGACGACCACGAUGCCACCUACAACGAGGAGUCCAACGACGGCUAGGCCUCCACCCACAACCAGGCGUCGAAUGAUGACUAGGGCUCCACCUACAACCAGGAGUCGAACGACGACUAGAGCUCCACGCACAACCAUGCGUCGAACGACAGCUAGGGCUCCACGCACAACCAUGCGUCGAAUGACGACUAGGGCUCCACGCACAACGAGGCGUCGAACGACGACUAAGGCUCCACGCACAACCAUGCGUCGAAUGACGACUAGGGCUCCACGCACAACGAGGCGUCGAACGACGACUAGGGCUCCACGCACAACCAGACGUCGAACGACGACUAGGGCUCCACGUACAACAAGAUCUCGGGGUAUGAGUACCACCUCAUCAGACAUGUCCGCGACGACUUUCCCGAGUGAGUCAUUGAUGGCGACGCCCUCACCAGAUGAGAUGUUCGGCCUAAUGCCUUCACCGACUGAGUCUUCGACCCCAACACCGCUUGCACCAGCUAACCAGAGCGAAUCCCCGUUCCCAAUGUUUUCGCUGGAGCCUACAGAAGAAGACAGGAUCCCGGAUCCUCUGGGCAGCUGCACCCUUCGUAAAGAUCGACUCACUGUGGCAUGCGUAUGCUUUGCCUCGCUGAACAAGGAUAUUAAAAUGUUGAUCUCUCGGGCAGAUGUGGUAAGCAGAUGCGUGGACCUCUUCGAUUCGAAAGACAACAUUCGCAGGCUUGGAUUUGCGUGCGACAAAUUCAGGGAAAAUGGGGAACUGGAGGAAGACAAAGUGAGGAGGCGAAUUAACGUGGUGGACAUGUGUCUGGAGUCGUAAUGUAAUUAUGGGGUUUCGGCAGAAAGAAAGAGAGUUUUGUUGAUCAGAGUGCGAACGGGCGCAACGGGCGCCACCCUUCCUGUGGCCCGCUUCGCUUUGAGAUAGGAAUUGCGAGCAAGGGCGACGGCAAGGUAAUUGGGGUACGUCAUCUUACCACAUGCUGUAGAUCUAGAUGCUUUUUCUUAUGAGUGAGAGUUUAUCAAAGAGUAGAGCCUGCAUA